GUUGAAGAAAGAAGGAGCCUGUGGAGUGACCAGAGAAUGUCAAAUGCUGCUUCUACCACCAGCAUUGACUCGGGCAGCAGGAACCAAACUUCCAGACAUUCUGGGUACUCCUCAGCAUUCAAUCACUUCACAUCUUUGGAGAACAGUAACAAGCAAGAUCAAAAGACGUACAGUCAGACUUCCUGGGACGAGUCUCCAAAGGGCUCCGUUUCUUCUCCAAAGAGGAGUCAGAAGAACGAAGGAAAAUCCCGGCUCUCAUCUGGCUCUGAAAUGCAAGAUGCCAUUUUGCCCGAGUACAGCUGGGAAGGAAGAAAGGGACAAAGUGCAAAAAUGAACGAGAACUCUCACAUCUCCCCUGAAUCAAGCCCAGAGAGAUACAGCUUCCAUGGUCAGACUGGGGAUGCUGAAACUGCAGCGGAGACCCAUCCUCAAUCCAAUACCGGAGAAUACCUGAACAACAAUGGUGCUGACUCUGAAAGAUAUGCUGCAUAUCAAGAAAAGGGGACCUGCUCCGAAGAAAUAAAAUAUGGGAGCCUGAGUUCAAGAAUCACAGAGGACCAGCCUGCCACAAGCCGGUCUCACUCUUUUGCUAGAGAUACAGUGGAGGAGAGAUACAGUGAGCCCACCACUGUCAGCAGUGACCAGGACACUGACCUGAAAAGGUCUCCCUCUGGUUUGGAGGGGAAAACCGCACAACAAGAAGAAACAUGUGAGAGCCCAAGUGAGACAGAAUACAAAAAAGUGGAAGCUCACCUGGCAAAAUCAGGCUCGUUUUCUAGUGAAGGCAGUCUUAACACGGCUGGUACCCAAACUGAGCCCCGGGAAGCUGCCAAAAAGGAAGAGUCGGAGCUGGAGAUGGUCAGGUCCAACUCCCUCUCCACAGGAAGCAGUGCUGCCACUCCAGACAGCCACCAAGGAAACCACGGUUCCGACUUGGACACCGGCAGCCUUUUCAGAAGGGCUACUUUUGGCUCGACGGGGAACAUUUAUAGGAUGGCAACCAAUCUGGACAACCUAGCUUGCAAUCGCAGUGUCUGGGAGAGUGGGCAUACAACAUCACCAUACCUGAACCGCCAAACCAGCUACACCAGCAGGACAAGUUGUGGGAUGCCAUCAUGUCUGAGCAGCCAGAUGUACAACCCUAACAUGUCGGAGAUGAAUCAUAAGAUGACGACAUACAUGAACAACCCAGCUUUCAGUAGUGGCAGACCCUACUCCGGUUCUGCAGAUAGCCUGCUUACCUACCCAAUGAGAAGUCACAGAGUACCUUUCUACAAGGACAUCUGUGAUGCGGAGUCCAGGAGAUAUCUGCCCCGGCCAGAGGACAGAGCUGCCUUCACCUCCAGCUUCUCAACCACUUCCACUCAGUUCAGGAAUCCCUCGGCUUCUGGCUACGACUCGGAUCCCACCACAGCAGGCAAAAACUUCCUCUUUGUGAAGGAGUCCAUCAACAGCACAGAGCUGUCCUCCUCACCACGCCACACCAGCCGCAGCCUGGUUGACUUGUCUACACUGGACAGACAAAACUACAACAGUGGCGGCUACAUACAAAGCAACACGCCCAGAAGGCUCACUGAAGACCUCUGCACUUACUGCGGCCGCGAGAUCCGCAACUGUGCUAAGAUAAAGAUCGAGAAACUGAAUAUCUGCUGCCACGACUUCUGCUUCCGGUGUGGGAUUUGCCACAAACCAAUGGGAGACCUGCUAGACAAAAUCUUCAUUCACCGCGACAUUGUCCACUGUGACAAGUGCUAUGAGAAGCUCUUCUAAGAUCUCCUGAUCAGAAGAGGCAGCCAGAGAGAGAGAAGCCUGCCCGCAGCCCCCACCACGAGCCAGGAUAUUCCCAGUGCCUUACCAGCAUUUGUUCUCUUCUCAAGAUUCAUCUUUUGCCACCUUUCCCCCAGGGAAACGGAUUCACAUCCACUAGUUUAUUGAAUAAGGGCCAAUCUUAGCGCAAACCAACAGAAUGGGAGCACGUACCAAAGAAAUUGCUCAAAUCCUAAGGUGCCGAGCCAAUCAUUUGUCUUCGGGGAACUCUAUAGGUGCCCGGCAAUUCUGAGAAACCAGGUGCAGCAGGAGAUCCCUGGGGAGCGCCUCCUUUGCGUUUUUCAUUUUGCCUUAGCAUCGCUGCAGUGGAGCUCUGGGUCAGAUCGGAGCGACAGUAUGGGGGGGUGGGUGCUUCAUUCUAUUCCCUUGGGCUAUUUUCCCUGUCAAAAUCACUCUCCCAAGCUGCUUUUCUCCCUGCCAGGGAAAAAAGAUAUAUCGUAUGUUUAUGCAGUAUAGAUAGCAUAUUUUGGCUGGUGACUGGACUCUGAAGCAGGUAUGUUAGGACCUUUUCUCCUUCAUCUCUUUGACAGGGCCUGGGUCUGCAAUGUCAGUUUUGGCCUGCAGCCCCUGAUAGGAACAUGGAGUGCUGGCCAGUCUGCAGGAGAGCUCAGAACAGCCCCCCCCCCUCCCCGACCUCCAAACUCAACGCCACUGGGCAGUUUACUGCAUUCAGUGGGGGGCAGUUCCUGUGCAUGUUUGGCACAUGAUGAUCGGAAGCAGCGAGGGGUGAUUGGCGUGCUGGGCUCCAGCAUCCUUCCUCUGGGCCUGGCACCAACUUUUAUCACAGCCCAAGCCCACCCAGUACAUGCACACUCAAGAAUCAUGCAGAGUAGGGUUGCCAGCUGAGAAUUGGGACAUUCCUGGAGAUUUUGGGGGUGGAGCCUGGG